AGUGUAAUUUGGGGUAACAAAGGUUACCAUGGAGACUUGUCCUCCUUUGUCCUGUACAGUGAACCUCUGCCUCCCAGCUGCUGUUUUAAUCCCUGUUACUGACCCAGAACAGUCCCAGUGAGUGAGUAACACAGAACUAUUUACAUAACCCGAGCCAGGCCCGGACCGUAGACUGAAGCGGACCUGGUGAUCUGGAUCACUGUUAGCUGGUGUUAGCUACAUGAACCGACCCUGCUAGGUGGAUCAGACUCUCAGAUCAGACCCUCCAAGAGAGAAAACUACCCCUCUAUCUGACUCGAGUCGCCUUCUCUGCAGGCUGCAUGGAGCUGUCCUCAGUCCGGAAUGAGCAGGGCAGGCUGGGAUGGUGAAGUCACGCAGAGGACGUAGAGCUGUGGGCGGAUCUGUGAGAGCCAGUAGCUGAGGGUUUGGCUGAGCUCCGUCGGCCACACAGGCUAGAACCAGCCGGGGUCUGGACUGAGAGGAACCAGACAUGGUUUUAUGGAGACCUCCUUACAGGGCUUGAGCUGAUUUGUCAGCCUUGUGUUGGUUCACCCCCCCCGAGUGUCCUCUGGAUAUCCACUGACCAUGUGGAUCUGAACAGAAGAAGCGCAGGGAGAAAGCCUUGCAGUGUGUGUUCACUCUGACACAGUGAAGCUCAACUGAGAGAGGAGGACCAGGAGGACCAGGAGGACCAGGAGGAGACCAGGAGGACCAGAAGGAGCAUCGACCGAGCGGAGCUAAGAGAAGAAGAAGAUCAUUCAAACACAAAAUGUCUCAAAACAGAGAACUGGUGGUUUUCUACAUCAACUAUAAACUCUCUCAGAGGAACUACCCUCUUAACUACAUGGACCUCUUACAGCCUCCAAAUAGGACUGAUGGGGCGGGGGCGGGGGCGGAGUCGGGUGAGGAACAGCAGGUAGCGACGCACCCCAACGGGACUUUAAAUGGAACAAGUCCCGGAACCCCCCCGGCGUCCCCGCUCCGGCAGCAACGGUUGCCUGAAACGGCAAAUAUGGAUGCGGUGAAAGAGGCCCUUCGGGACUCGGCCAAUGAGUUCGAGCUGCGUUAUGCACUGGCCUUCAGUGAUCUGCACAACCAGCUGCACAUCACGCCGGCCACGGCCUACCAGAGCUUCGAGAACGUGAUGGACGAGGUGUUUCGGGACGGAGUCAACUGGGGCCGCAUAGUAGGGCUUUUUGCCUUCGGCGGGGCGCUGUGUGUGGAGUGCGUGGAGAAGGAGAUGAGUCCGCUAGUGGGCAGGAUCAUAGAGUGGAUGACGUUAUACCUGGACAACCAAAUUCAACCGUGGAUUGAAGGCCAAGGAGGAUGGGAGCGCUUCUCUGAAAUCUUUGGUCAGGACGCUGCAGCAGAGAUCAGGAGGUCUCAGGAGAGUUUCAAGAAGUGGCUGCUGGCGGGGAUGACGCUGGUGACCGGAGUCGUGGUGGGCUCACUUAUCGCCCAGAAACGCCUGUAAAGAAACACACAAACAACCCUCUCUUAACAAUCCCCCCCGUGCUUCACUACUCCCCAACUUAAAGGCCCACGAAAGUCGAAAUGAAGGUCCCGUUUGUCUCGUCAGAACUGCUGAUGAUGUUUACUUCUCUCCCUCUCACUCAUCCCACAGUGGACUAAGAAUCCUCACACGUUGUUGAACUUUUGAGAAAAAGACAGAGAGGAGGAAGAGUAACUUGUAUUCAUGUGUUCACCUUAUUCCACCCUGAUGAAAAAAGCGUGCUGAAACAGAGACAGAUGUUCUUUUUCUUACUGAACCAGUUCUUUUUAUUCUUUUCUCCACUGGUUCCUGUGUUGUUUUACUUUCUUCAUGUAUGUAUGUUUAGUUUUAACAAAUUUUGGUUGCUCGUUUUCAUCCUUUAAGAGACUAAAACUGAUUCCCGACGGCUAACUCAAAAUGGUGUGAUAUAAAGAGUCGGCGUCCUGAUGGGCCUUGGGCGCUCUGCGUGUCUCGUCUUGAAGCUCGUCCUUACAGACGGCUCUACCAUAGCUUUGUAUGUGCCAUAUGGGAAGUGAAAUCAGGUGAGGAUGUAGCACCUGCCUCUGAAAAAUCUUCUUUAGUUCCUGUUUCCUGACAUCCUGAUCACCAUCACAUCCUGCAUCACAUCAUAAUCCAUGACUCUGAUUGCCUCGUCAUUUAUGUUGAUUGGUUUUGUAUGAAAGUCAAUGAAUCAGGAGUCAAACGGAUGUUAGCUCACAGAUUGGUUGAUGUUUGAAGGUAAUCCCAGAUUUGUGAGGAUUUUUGUAAGACAUGGGGAUCCAGCAUUGUAUAGUUGGUCGGAUCAUGGUUGUUAUUUUGAACAAUUGUUUUCAUCCAAUGAGGAGUUUUGGUAUAAAAACACUACACAACCGAGGAUGUCUCCGAACAUUUUAAACCGGGGGUUAACUUUACAAUUUGAUUAUGUUUUUACACCAAACUGAUUGAUUAGGAAGAGAUCAGUGUUUGAGCUAAAACAAUACUUAAAGCAUACUAAAUAUGAUCAGCAGUGUGUGUGAGUACAGUGAGUACAGUGCGCAAAAUGCUCAAAAUCUUGGGUUACCAUCUUCACCCAGCCUAAGAAGCAAAGAGUCUUAAUCUAAAAACGUAACGGGAGAUGAACUCCUCUGAUUAUUUGUUUGUUGAUGCUUGGUUUUGGAUUUCUGAACCAUUAAAAAUAACACUGCUCUGGCUGAUCUGUGAUUCAUAGUUAUAUUUGGCUUUGCUCUUUAUCCUUUUCGUGUUUAGUCAUUUUAAGAAUCAGAGUAACAGCAGUUCAUACAAAAAGACAUCAUUGGUCUCACCCUGGAUGUAGCCUGGGAACCAUUGUGUUUAUAAGAAUCAAAACGACAGCACCUAACGUAUCAGGCUCUGAACCUUCUCCAGCAUCUCCACUGAAUGAAUAACACUUCAUUUCAUGUUAUAUUUCAUGUUUAUAUUUCAAAGCUUUGGGCACUAAAUUAAGCCGUGCAAACCUUUCUUUUGAUAGGUUGAGAUAGAAGUUUUGUAAAUUGGAGGUUGGAAGUUGGAAAUCCAGCCUAGCCCAGCACCUAGCUUAACACUGCUACAUCACAGACUUUGUUUCUCUGGUUGUAGCGACCUGAUGCUGAGAUGAAAAUGAACAAAGAGAUCCAAGACUUAUACCCAUCUGGUGACUGGUCUGGCUGUGCCGGGCUAUGUUUACUCCACAGUAGCUGAAGAAUGCAGCAAACACUGUAGCAACACAUACAAUAGAAAUGCAGCACAGAGACACUCAGCAUGAGGCUGCAAUCCUAAACCCCCUAGAGGUCCAAAACUACAGUUUGGUUUCACUUUAUUUUAUCAUCUGAUUAUAAACCAGAUACUUCGAAUAUCCAGAUACAUCUUCAAACUGUUGUCAGCAGGUAUUUUUGGGACCAAUUCUAGUAUAGAGUUAACAAUUCUGUACAAUCAUUGUUUGUUACGUGUCACUGAUGAAUAUAUGCUCCAUGUUCAUGCUGAAGUUGUAGAUGCUGAGUCUAAAUUGUUGAUAAAGUCCAUCAGCCAACACUGAAAA